AUGAAUCCAGCUUCCUCUCGCAGAACUUCCUCCCCCGGCGUCGUCAGCAGCAAUUCUCCUCUCCGCCACCAGCAGCAGCACCAGAGCAGCGCUCUACGGACAACCUGGCGUCACAGUGCGGGAUCAGCAGAUGCAUUCAGUUCGUUCUUGGAUAUGGACGAGGAGACCGAUGAUGCUGCUUCUCGAAGCAGACCGGCCAGCUCUGAGAAUCAUGCCCCGGAGAAACAGCGCAUCUACGAAACGACGGCGCCCAGUGAUCCGGGAGUCACCUUUGAAGAAUUGAUCGAGCGACUCAUCGCGUUACCCAUGUCGAAACAGGACGCGAAGUUUAGUGCUAUAUUUUUAUGUCUAUACCGGAAAUUCGCUGCACCCUCGACCUUACUCAAUGCUCUCAUUGCUCGAUUCGAAACUACCGAACAAAGCGAUUUACCUCAAUUGACUCGGGCUUCCGAACAAUUACGGCUACUUCAAGUGAUCGCCCAAUGGGCUUCGGAAUACCCAGGAGAUUUUGCACAUCCCAAAACGCGGCAAAGAUUAGUUGACUUUGUCGAAUCCAUUGAGGAUAGUCAUGUGUACAUGUUUGCCGCGAAAGAAAUCAGUCUCCAUUUAGAAAACCGUGUGGAAGAUGACGAUCUCGGUUGGCCUUUUCGAGAUGGAGAAGACGGCGAAUCAUCAGAGGGGACUGGGUCAUCACACUUGUCACCGUCGACUUCAUUUAUGCAUUCUUCGUUCUCGGAGAAUGUUAUUAAUAAUAUUAGCACGUUGGAUCUGUCGGACGAUCCGACGAACGACCCAGCAAGAGACUCGGGCACGAUAUCCACCGUCUCUAGUACGGGGAGAUCGGUUUCUACCAUGACACAAGCGUCUUCAGCUAUGUUGGCGUUGGAGAAUGCACAGCGAGAAGCAAUGAGUCUGGAACUCACUGCUCGAUGUGUACUCACCAAGAUACAAUGGCGACAAUUCAUGGAGAUUCCAGAUGACGACUUCGCCCGGGAACUCACCCGCAUCGACUGGACGAUGUUUACUUCUUUCAGACCACGAGAUCUGGUACGGCACGUUAGUCUAUCUGGAUCCGAAAAGGGGAGUUCCAAAACACUACAAAAUGUGAAUCGUAUGAUUCAAGAAUUCAACCACCUGGCCUGUCUUGUCGCAAAUAUGAUAUUACUCCGCGACAAGGCCAAACAUCGUGCAAAGGCUAUGGAGAAAUUCAUGAACAUCGCCUUGAGACUCCGCCGUCUCAACAAUUACAACUCCCUUGGUGCAGUCAUGGCAGGUAUAAACGGCACACCGGUUCAACGGCUAGCGCAAACAAGAGAAUUAAUACCACUUUCCGUCCAAAAGGACUUUCUCCGCCUUGUGAUAUUGAUGAGCACGCAGAAGAGUCAUUUUGCGUAUCGACUUGCAUGGGACAAUUCGUUCGGAGAACGGAUUCCAUUCUUACCGCUUCAUCGGCGUGAUUUGGUAUCGGCAGAGGAAGGGAAUAAGACGUUUGUCGGCGAGAAUAAGGAUCGGAUUAAUUGGAAGAAAUUUGAGAUUAUGGGUGAGGUUGUUCUUGCUAUUCAGCGCAGCCAACGCACGCCGUAUCCGUAUAUUCAGAGGAACGAAGAGGUGCAACGGUUGGUGCUGGAUGCGAAGAUGUUUGAUGAAGAGAUUGAAAACUCGGAACCAAAUAAAAACAAAAUGACAGACCUCCCCCUCCGAGCUCGCCAACUCUACCGCGCUCUCCUCCGCGAACUCCCCCGUCGACACAUCUCCCUCCCUUCUUCAUCUUCAACAACAUCACCAUUAAAACAACGCUUCCGCACACAAUUCGAACGAUCCACUACAUCAAUACACUCAAUACAACGUGUCGAACAAUUCGUGCAAUACGCAAAAGCGCAGCGGAUGUAUGCCACGUUAUUAGCGAGGUAUAAUCCGGGCAUGGAUAUGGAUCAGGAAGAGAGGGUGAGGUUGACGGCGAGGAGGGUGGGGAUGGAUUUACCGGUUGAGAAUAGGUUUGAUGCUGAGAGGGAGAAGGAGAAGGGGGGGGUAUUUGAGAGUACGGAAAAGGGGGAGGAGGAUGACGAUGGGGGGAGGAAGUGA